GGCUUCUUUUAAUUCGAUUAGCCACCGUCGCUCAGCGUCACAUUUCAGGGGAUCUCCGUUUCUUCCCAAAUCAUCAAACCCUAAUUUUCUGUAAAUUCUGAUUUCAAUUAGUUUAGUUCAUCGUCCGGAGAAGUCGAAAUGAUGGGCUCAGAGAAUGCCGAUGGAUUCGAAGAGACUAAUCUCAACGCGUCGAGGGAGGAUAUGGAGAAUCUCGACCUAGGAGUUGAUGGCGGUGACGAUCCUCUGAAGAAAAGCGAUGUCAACGGUGAUACAUCGAACUCUGGUUAUCGUAGCGCCAUGUCAACACUCUCCAACGUUCGUGACCCACUCUCGCCGCCACCGACCGUUAUGAUUCCGGCUGAUUCUGAUCCACUCCUUGCGCCAUCCUCCUACGAAGAUUUCCGCAGCAGCUUCAGCUCUAAGCCGAUCAGCAGCGAUAACUCCUACAUAGAGCCUCCAUCUUAUGCAGAUGUUAUCUUCAGUCCCUUUGAUGAGAACUCAGAUAGCGAGAUUAACGGUGCCGAUGAUAGUAGCCUUCAUAGUCAGUUCUCAGAUUCACUAUCGAGAUCUCCUUCUUCGUCUAGCUCCGAUUACAUCAAGAUCACUGUAUCGAACCCUCAGAAAGAGCAGGAGACUUCAAAUUCCAUUGUUGGAGGAAAUACUUACAUCACCUACCAAAUUACGACCAGAACGAAUCUCCCUGACUUCGGCGGCCCAUCGGAGUUCAGCGUGCGAAGAAGAUUCAGAGAUGUUGUCACAUUGGCGGAUCGAUUGGCUGAGUCGUAUAGAGGGUUCUGCAUACCACCACGGCCAGAUAAGAGCGUCGUAGAGAGCCAAGUAAUGCAGAAACAAGAGUUCGUGGAGCAGAGAAGAAUUGCAUUGGAGAAAUACUUGCGCAGGCUAAGUGCACACCCUGUUAUUAGGAACAGUGACGAGUUGAAAGUGUUUCUUCAAGUGCAAGGGAAGUUGCCACUACCAAUGAGUACUGAUGUGGCCUCUAGGAUGUUGGAUGGCGCGGUGAAGCUUCCAAAACAGUUGUUUGGUGAAGGCGGAGCCUCUGCAGUGCCAGUGCAUGAGGUGGUUCAGCCUGCAAGAGGAGGUAGGGAUCUGCUGAGAUUAUUCAAGGAGCUGCGGCAGUCAGUUUCUAAUGACUGGGGUGGAUCAAAACCUCCUGUUGUUGAAGAAGAUAAAGAGUUCUUGGAAAAGAAGGAGAAGAUGCAUGAUCUUGAGCAACAAAUUAUCAAUGCCUCACAGCAGGCGGAAUCCCUUGUGAAAGCACAGCAAGACAUGGGGGAAACCAUGGGUGAACUGGGAUUAGCAUUCAUUAAGUUGACUAAGUUCGAGAACGAAGAAGCUGCUUACAACUCUCAAAGAACUCGUGCUAAUGAUAUGAAGAAUUUAGCCACUGCGGCUGUAAAAGCAAGCAGAUUUUAUAGGGAGUUGAAUUCCCAGACUGUCAAACACUUGGACACACUCCAUGAGUACCUUGGCAUGAUGAUGGCUGUCCAAGGCGCAUUUGCAGAUAGAUCUAGUGCUUUACUGACAGUUCAGACGCUUCUAUCAGAGCUUCCUUCUCUGCAAACUAGAGUCGAAAAGCUAGAGGCUGCAUCAUCGAAGGUAUUUGGCGGUGACAAAUCAAGGAUCCGAAAAAUAGAAGAGUUAAAAGAAACCAUCAAGGUCACUGAGGACGCAAAAAAUGUUGCCAUCAGAGAGUAUGAGCGGAUCAAGGAAAACAACCGAUCUGAGGUUGAGAGGUUGGACAGAGAAAGGCGUGCAGACUUCAUGAACAUGAUGAAGGGUUUUGUUGUCAACCAGGUUGGAUACGCAGAGAAAAUGGGAAACGUCUGGGCAAAGGUUGCAGAAGAGACCAGCCAAUACGAUAGAGAGAAGCAGAACAGCUAACAAACACAGAUAAAAAAAAGAGUGAAUGAUGUUCAUUUUGGCAUAACCAUACCAAUUCCAUGUUUGGCACAGAAUCACAUUGCGUAAUAAUGGGUGUCUGUAGUUUCCUUUUUUCUACCUAUGUUGUAUCUAUCUGAUAGAGUUUGGUAAACGUUCUUCUUUGUUGUCUUUAGUCGCUGUAUAUCACUUUUCUAGAAGCAUCUCUGACUGAUUAUGUAUUGCCCUCAUACCCAUUGUUUUCCGCAAUCUUAUAAAACCACUUUGUUUUA